AUGGAAAACCAUCCAACGGCCCUCUCCAUCAUCCAGACCGAAAACCUCACCCACGCUCUCCCGGACAAAGUCAUCCUAAUCACAGGCUGCUCCUCCGGCCUCGGCGCCGCAACCGCCCGCGCCCUCUCCAAAACAAACGCAACCCUCUUCCUCGCCGUCCGCGACAUCCCCAAAGCCCGACACGUGCUGGCCGACCUCCUCGCCCCUGCCUCUGACUCUGACUCUACCCCUGCCUCUGAUGCAGACGGCAAACCCUCGACCUCAUCCUCUCAAGGCGAGAUCCGCCUCCUCCACAUGGACCUAGCCAGUCUCUCCAGCAUCCGGCAAGCAGUGAACUCCUUCCUCUCGCAAAGCGACAAGCUGAACGUCCUAAUCAACAACGGCGGGGUGAUGGCCACACCAGAAGGCCGCACAGAGGACGGCUUCGAGACACAAUUCGGGACGAACCAUCUCGGCCAUUUCCUGCUCUUCGAGCUGCUAAAACCUAUCCUGCUGCGGUCUGUGACACCCCAAUUCCACUCGCGCGUGGUAGGCGUGACGUCGUCGGCGCACCGGAAGAGCGGGAUUCGGUUUGGGGAUCUGCAUUUCGAGUUGGGCGGGUAUGACCCAGCGCUGGCGUAUGCGCAGAGCAAGACGGCGAAUAUCUAUAUGAUGAAUGAGAUUGAGAGGCGGUUUGGGGGGCGCGGGCUGCAUGGGCUUAGUGUGCAUCCGGGGCUUAUUUUCACCGGGUUGCAGAAGUUUGUCGAUGAUGGGGUGAUGGAGGAGUGGCGGAAGCCUGGGAUGAGGCCGUAUCUGAAGACGGAAGCGCAGGGGGCUGCCACGGUUGUGGUGGCUGCUGUGGGGAGGGAGUGGGAGGGUAAAGGCGGGAAGUAUUUGGAGGACUGUAGGGAAUCGGGGCCGGCGAAGCUGGGGUUUCGGACGGUUGAUCCUGGGUAUGCGAUGCAUAUUUGGGAUCAGGAGAGCGCGGAGAGACUGUGGGAAGAGUCUCGACGGUUGGUAGGGUUGCGAGAGGAUUAA